AUGGUAAAUCUAGAGAGAAAAAUCCGAUUGCUGGUCCAGUCCACAGCGUACGAGUCAGGUCAAACGAUGGUGCAGCAAGAAAGCCAGACAAACGAAAGCGACCUAGCUAUCUUAAUAGUCACGGUGAUAAUCUUCUUGAUCUUCGCCGUGGGCUUGACUUCGGUUUGCUUUCGCUGGUCCACCUACGAUACUUUAAACCAAUUAAGAGAUACCCUCCGUCCGGUGAGUAGGGCCAGGAGCGAUACGACGGAGGCGCGUGGGGUCGACGAAGCUAUCGUGAAAUCGUUCCCGACGUUUCUCUACUCGGAAGUGAAGGAGCGGAGGAUUGGGACAGGUGGGGCCGAAUGUGUGGUGUGUCUCUGUGAGUUCGAAGACGAUGAAACGCUGCGUUUGAUGCCUAAUUGUUGUCACGUGUUUCACGCUGAUUGCGUUAGUGUCUGGCUACGUAAUCACUCCACGUGUCCACUCUGUCGGGUGGAUCUCGUCCUCCAAACGGGUGAGGGGAGCGAACUGGUUACGGAUCCGGAUUCUACAGACGCGAAUUUGUUCGAAGGUAUGACGUGGACCAAUAGGAAUAGACCACCUCGGUCGUGGUCGAUGAGACUGUCACAGUGUCGAGUCUCCGAAUUUUUAUUCUCGAGGUCGAAUUCGACCGGGCAUUGUGCGAUUCAACUGGUGGAGACUGUCGACCGGUUUAAGCUCCGGUUACCAGAAGAUAUCCAGAGGGAACUGGCGAAGAAGACGGUGGACCAAGUGGCGUUAACUCAGGAAAAAAGCUUGCCGCGCGGUUACAGAAGCAAAAGUGCCGGAAGCGAGAGGAGGAGCGUCAUGUCAGAUAACAAACGGAAGCUGCAGUCAGCGAGUUUCUCCUUCUAUGACCGUGUAGCUUCCACCUCUGAUGGCGGAUGUGCGGCGAAGAGUCUUCAACCAGAUGAUCUAGUGUAA